GCCUAAGAAUAUGCUUUAGCUACGAGCCUACGAGUCGUCGUUCUUAGCUAAGCUAGCAAAAAAUUAAGUUGACCGUUUGCUAAUAAUAAAGUUCUCUCUCUCUCUCUCGCUCGCUCGCUCUCGCUCUUUCUGAGACGAUUUCUGGAGAUCGGUGGGAGAUGGGAGCGACGGCAAAGAAGGCCUUCGAGGUGGCAGCUCUCUUGGAUCUGAAGCCUCACCCUGAAGGGGGUUUCUUCUCGGAGACUUUUAGGGACUCCUCCAUCACCCUCUCCAAGUCUCAACUCCCACCCCAGUACAAGGUUGAUCGUCCAGUGAGCACAGCUAUCUACUUCAUGCUGCCAACAGGAAGUGUAUCGCACCUCCAUCGCAUACCUUGUGCUGAAACUUGGCACUUUUACAUGGGAGAGCCUCUCACGGUGUUUGAGUUACAUUAUGAUGGCCACAUCGAGUGGACUGUUCUUGGCCCAAAUCUAGAUGCUGGCCACCGACUGCAGUACACUGUGCCACCGAAUGUGUGGUUUGGAUCAUUUCCCACCUUGGAUGUUGAGUCCUUUGCAUCUGAUGGUAGUAUUCUUGUCAAAGCUCCGAAAAGGGACCCUGAGCUGCAUUAUUCUUUGGUUGGCUGCACCUGUGCCCCUGCCUUCCAGUUCGAGGAUUUUGAGUUAGCCGCAUAUUCUGAGCUGAAGAUCCUCGCUUCCAAUGCCGAACCAUUUCUCGACUACCUCAUCCUGCCCAGCUGAAGGAGAACCUUUACAUUUGAGUGGAUUGGUUAGCUUAUUUUCAUCAGUCAGAUACAAUAAUCUAUAUCAGCUAUAAUAAUGUGGCCACAGUUUAUUCCAAGAUGCGGUAUUAAGUGGCCACAGUGGCUCGAACACUCUCUGUAAACUAUAUUCAUCAGCAAAUUGAGGAGUCUUGAUCGAGAAUUUUCUAUAAAUCAAAUCUGGAUUUAAGUGGUUCA